CAAUUGAUUGGUUGCAGAAGCAAUCCCAUUGGACGUCAACCUGCCAGUUUCCUGACGAAAGCAAUAUUUCAGGAAAGGACAUCAACGUGAACGGUUUGAGGGAUGGCGGGUCCCAGUAAGAUUGCAUCAUUUCGCCUGCCUCCCCUGCCCACCAUUGGGGAGGUAAUCAAACUGUACAACCUGCGAGCAGAGAAACAGCUGUCCCAGAACUUUCUACUGGACAUGAGGCUCACAGAUAAGAUUGUGCGCCAGGCAGGCAGUCUGAGGGACGCCCAUGUGUGCGAGGUGGGUCCUGGACCUGGAGGUCUGACCCGCUCCAUCCUCAACGCUGGGGCUGCAGACCUGCUGGUGGUGGAGAAGGACAACCGCUUUAUACCUGGACUAAAGCUCUUGUCUGAAGCAGCACCAGGGAAGCUCAGGGUUGUCCAUGGUAACAUACUCACAUACAGAAUGGACAGAGGAUUCCCAGACGUCAUAACCAAGGCAUGGGAGGAUGAUCCACCGGACCUGCAUAUCAUAGGGAACCUUCCCUUCAGUGUGUCCACUCCUCUCAUCAUCAAGUGGCUGGAGAACAUAUCCAACAGAACUGGACCCUUUGUUUACGGCCGGACCAGACUGACUCUUACCUUCCAGAAAGAGGUGGCAGAAAGGUUGACAGCCAGCACAGCCAGCAGACAGAGGAGUCGUCUGUCCAUCAUGGCCCAGUACCUCUGUACUGUAAAGAGCUGCUUCACUAUCCCAGGACGGGCCUUCAUCCCCAAACCUGAGGUGGACGUGGGGGUGGUACACUUCACACCGCUGGCUCAGCCCCAGAUCCAGCAGCCCUUUAAGCUGGUGGAGAAAGUAGUCAGGAACGUCUUCCAGUUCCGGAGGAAGCGCUGCCUCAAAGGAAUCCAAAUGCUGUUCCCGGAGGCGCAACGGCCGGAGCUGGCGGAGGUAAUGAUGCGUGAGGCGGACGUGGACCCCACCCUGCGCCCCACGGAGCUCUCCAUCCCUGACUUCAGAGCCCUGGCGGAUGCCUACAGCCACCUCUGCUCUGAGAACCAGGGUCUCCUCACCUACGACUUCAGAGAGGAACUCCGACUCAAACACCUUCACAGACGCCCGGGCAGCAGCUCUAAUGGUACUCAGCAGCCCGUCUGACAGAGAGGCGCUUAAAGGGCGGAGUGGAAGGAACGCCUAAUAGUCUCCGUUAGUGACGAGAGAGACAACGCACUGCUCUUAGCGCUGACAUUUCCACCUGGCACACGCAUGCAUUUUUAAACGCCAUUUCACUGUAGUCCCGGAGGCGCUGGAUGAGACCGUGAAUCUUAGAUGGGAUAGAAGAGAGGGACUGUGGUGGAAACAACAGGGGAGAACUGAACACUGGGCCGUGGCAGGAGAGGGAGAGACUAUGGGCCUCGGUCCAAACUGGAACAGCUAACACACAUACUAAUCUAGAGCUCAGGCACUCCAGUCCAGUUGAAAAGAAAGAAUAGUGUGUGUGAAAUUACCAGGAGAUUUGUGGUAAUCAUUAUAUAGGUUCUUAUAUUUUACAUAUCUCAACUCUGAUUCACAUUCAGAGAAUGGAGUCACAGCCAGGGUCAGCCUAGAGCAAUUAGGGUUACAUGCCUUGCUCAAGGGCACAGCGGCAGAUUUUCACCUUGUCAGAUCAGCAACUCAAACUAGUGACCUUUCGGUUACCAACACUCUAGGCUACCUGGCGCUUCAAGCUCUCGUAUAUUAUACCCUGGUUCUUACCUCGUCCUCUGGGAGAUGGAGUCCGGAAACAUUUUCAGGACGAUUUAGAGAAUGAGAACAUGUUGACGUUAUUCAGGCCAUUCCACCUCCCUCUCACUAACUGGAGAGGAGGGACGUGCUGUUGGAAAGUUGUCAGCUCUUGGUGAGGCUAUUAAAAUCCUAAAAAGUGAGGACUCUGUGUGCCUUGUCAUAAAUAAAACGCUGGCCAUCUGUGAUAAUAGUACAAUAAUGUUUCAUUCAUUUGUUUGUGCUGCACAAUCCUCAGAUGUGUACAAAUAAAAAUCCUGGCAAUUUAGUUUUUGCACGUUUCUUCCUCCAACUCUGUCCUGCUUCUGUCAAUGACCUAUUAAUUAUUAUGUAUCGUUGGUCCAAUGUAGAGGACAAGGAGUCUUCAUUUCUGACAGCUCAACAAGGGAUGGAGCUGAAACAAACGUUUAAUGAGAUGAGCUUAAAGGCAGACUGAGGCAGCUUUGAAAUGAAACAAGCGCUCUCGCAGAUAACGUUUAUUUAUAAAACAGCUCCAUAAGAAAAAGGGGCUUUUCACAUUCAUUGGUACGCAAGUGUUAAAGUGGAGUCGAGGGCAAACAGUAGCUUCAAGAUGCAACGGCUAAAAAACAAAGUACCUUUACAAAAAUAUACCCAAACUACUUGUGGUACUGUAUUUAUUGCAAAUUACAGCCGUAUCUACCUGUAGAAAUGUCAAGUAUGUGUAAGAAUAUAAAAGAUUCAAAUUAACUUACAGUACAGCUAUUCUGGACAAAUAUGUACACAAGUACAUAGAAAAGAAACGUAUGGGAGCUGCAAACAGGGCAAGUUGACAACGCAUGGUUUCAAUGAAAUCAUGCAGUUGUAUUUGACAACGCCUGUACACACUGGAAGCUAGCUUUAGGAGGACAACCAUACGCAUUCAAUACACUGAAAAUAAAUCUAAUUGGGAGAAAAAAAUACAUUUUCUUCAAUUCAAGCCUUAACCCCAUAUUUAUUUUGCAGAUCAAUAAAUAAACAUUGCUUAAAAACAAACACAAAUCCCAUGAUGUUUCAAAUAUAGGCAAACAGUGUACUUUAGUGCACAAAAUACAGAAAGGCAGAGUCGCAAUAAAAUCUAUGUCCAUUCAAUCCUGUUGAUUCAGAUGAAGGGCUUUGUUCAGUCUAUUGAUAAAGCAUCACAGAAUAAGCUUAGAAACGUAAGCUUAAUUGAACAUAUGCAACAUUUACCCAGAAUGCAGUCUUCGCUAACACGGGAACAUUCCCUUUAAAAAGUUCAAUCACGUAACGCUGAACUUCCGGCGAUACGGAUUGAACUAGAGCCCUAACUCCUACAGAAAGUCCGGAGUUAAAGUGAAGCUUUUAGGGUGAAUCUCAAGUGGCAUCCUCAUCUCCUUUCCUCUGACUGAUGAGAGCAAAGUCUAUCCAUCAAAAUUAUACUCACCUCUCCUAUAUCGAGGAGACGAGGGGAGGAAGCCAAUUGAGAUGGCCCCUUAGAGAAGGGGAGAGUGAGGCAUAUACAGUAGAGCGCUGGGUGGAGGCGGAGCUACGUUGUGCAUCAGUGCUCGGCAGAUUCAUUGCCGUCAUUAUCAGGGACAGAGUCACCUCGUCUCUCUCUAGGGGGGAAACCAACUCAUCUGUCCUUUUACACCUGUGCAUAGCUAAGCAGGUGGGAUCUGCCUUGGUCAUUCCACAUAAUGCGUCCCUUUGAAAUUUUCAGUAGAAACUGUGCACCAAUAUUGUAUUUUAAAAGCCUGUUGUAUGAAAUGAAGUGCCCAACUUGGAACAUUCAAUAAAUAUGCAUUUUGA